AUGGGUAUCUGUAGUUCAACGUGCUGUCGAGGCCGAUCCCGAGAUAGUCUCUACGAGCCCGUCCUCGCCGACAGCGAACGUGAAGCUGUCGCCGACCUCCUGCAGUUUCUCGAAAAUCGUGGCGAGACAGACUUCUUCUCCGGCGAGCCCCUCCGAGCACUCAGCACCCUGGUCUUCUCCGAAAACAUAGAUCUUCAGCGCAGCGCAAGCUUGACCUUUGCCGAGAUUACCGAACGCGUCUCAGAUGUCCGCGAAGUCGACCGGGACACCCUCGAACCUAUUCUAUUCCUCCUCCAAAGCUCCGAUGUUGAGGUACAACGAGCCGCCAGUGCUGCACUCGGCAAUCUAGCUGUGAAUACUGAAAACAAGGUUCUCAUCGUCCAGCUCGGUGGCCUCACCCCGUUGAUCAGACAGAUGCUGUCACCAAAUGUCGAGGUGCAAUGCAACGCUGUUGGCUGUAUCACCAAUCUUGCUACACAUGAGGAGAACAAGGCCAAGAUUGCUCGUUCUGGUGCUCUGGGACCGCUGACCAGGCUGGCCAAGUCAAGAGACAUGCGCGUUCAACGCAACGCUACCGGUGCCCUCCUGAACAUGACUCAUUCCGAUGAAAACCGCCAACAACUUGUCAACGCUGGUGCCAUCCCAAUUCUGGUACAGCUCCUCGCCUCACCCGAUGUUGACGUUCAGUACUACUGCACCACCGCUCUCAGUAACAUUGCCGUUGAUGCCAAUAACCGACGAAAGUUGGCCUCGUCAGAGGCCAAACUCGUACAAGCCUUGGUUGCUCUCAUGGAGUCGUCCUCACCCAAGGUUCAGUGCCAGGCUGCCCUUGCUCUCCGAAACCUGGCCUCCGACGAAAAGUACCAACUCGACAUUGUCCGAGCCAACGGCUUGGCGCCUCUGCACCGUCUCCUCCAAUCAUCCUACCUCCCAUUAAUCCUCUCUGCCGUCGCUUGUAUUCGCAACAUCUCCAUCCACCCCUUGAACGAGUCUCCCAUCAUCGAAGCCAAUUUUCUGAAGCCUCUUGUCGACUUACUCGGCUCGACUGAAAACGAAGAAAUUCAAUGCCAUGCCAUUUCGACUCUUCGAAACCUGGCCGCCAGCUCGGACCGGAACAAGGCCCUCGUUCUGGAUGCCGGUGCCGUACAAAAAUGCAAACAGCUGGUGCUGGACGUACCCGUUACUGUCCAGUCUGAAAUGACUGCCGCUAUUGCUGUGCUGGCUCUUAGUGAUGAUCUCAAGUCUCAUCUGUUGAACCUUGGCGUCUGCGACAUCUUGAUCCCCUUGACACACUCGCCGAGUAUUGAAGUCCAGGGCAAUAGUGCUGCUGCUCUUGGCAACCUCUCUUCUAAAGUUGGUGAUUACUCGAUAUUCAUUCAAAACUGGACCGAACCCAAUGGUGGCAUUCACGGCUACCUGUGCCGCUUUCUUCAGUCUGGUGAUGCGACCUUUCAACACAUUGCUGUCUGGACCUUGCUCCAACUGUUCGAAUCAGAAGACAAGACACUUAUAGGCCUCAUUGGUAAGGCCAAUGACAUUAUCGAACACAUUCGAAACAUUGCAAACCGCCAAAUUGACACGGAGCCCGGCCUUGAGGAAGAAGACGAAGGUGAAGUUGUCAAUCUGGCUCAGCGUUGCUUGGAGCUGCUUGGGCAAAGCAUGUCCAAGGCUCACAUUGAAGGUUGA